AUGGAGAUUUUGCAAGCCUUUGGAAUCCACGAAAAAGUCACCAAACGCUGGCAGCCUGCGACAGAUGAAAUGCUAUGGCUACGAGGAAAGGACGAGAAACUCACGAGAACGGAAAGGCUCCGCGCCCAUCCUCCGUAUGGAAUCCGGUGGACCCAUGGCACACUACAACAGGGCGAGGUUGAGGAAAUUAUCAAGAGACGAGUGAAAAAGAUCUCAAGUGUCACUGUGGAGUAUGAUACCUCUCUCUGCGCACUGGACUUCGAGACUCAACAACUCUCUUCCCCCGAUGCAUACCCAUGCCUCGUUUCGCUCCAGUCUACGCGUGGGGGUGUCACACAGGUUGAGCGAGUACGGUCCAAAUAUGUCAUUGGAGCGGAUGGGGGCAAAUCAACGACCAGGGCCCUCCUAGGUUUUGACAUGCUGGGCGAACAAGGCUCUUCUAUCUGGGGUGUUAUGGACUUCAAAGGGGCAUCGGACUUUCCAGAUUUUGGUGCGACUUCUAUCAUCCGAAGUGAUAUAGAUGGAGCGGUGGACUUCGUUCGCCGUGAAGACGGCUUGGUACGCAUGUAUGUUGAGCUCAACAAGGGUCAAGGGUGGGAAAAUAUCAAGAGAGAAGAGAUUACCCCCGAGCUUAUUUCGAGCAAAUGUCGAUAUUUGCUGCGUCCAUAUACGUUGGAAGUAAAUGAGUGUAUCUGGUGGUCGGCCUUUACGGCAACCCAGCGAUUCAGCAAUGCAACAAGUAAGCAUCGCCAUGUCUUCCUUGUGGGGGACGCAAUCCACACGCAUUCACCUCUCACUGGGAUGGGCAUGAACACAAGCAUACAGGACUCCUAUAAUCUCGCCUGGAAACUUGCUGGGGUGAUCAAGUCGCAGCUAAAGCCAGAGAUACUAGACACCUACAGCAAGGAGCGAGGUCCUGUCGCACAGCAACUGCUCGAAGCUGACCGAACAUGUCUGGAGUUAUUUGCAACCCCUUUCGGCUCCGAGACAUCAUCGAUCUUGGAGAGAGCGGAAGAUCUGAUGACCUUCCUUGCGGGCCGUGGAAUCUGCUAUUCAGAUCCAUUCUUGACAUCAUCUUCUCUCCAAGAGUUGGGACUUUUCAAACCCGGAGUGACUCUUCCGGCAGAGAUCGUCACAAACCACGCGACAGGACGCUCAGUGUCAAUACACAAUUGUCUCAAAUCUGAUGGAGCUUGGUCUCUGAUUGUUUUUUCAGGGGACAUAUCCUGCCCCGAUCAAAUGAAGCGUCUCCAUGCCUGGGUGACAGAGCUAUAUGCAUCACCAACAGCCACCCUGCUCAAACUUUCGGGACUCCUCGACGCUUUGCUGGUGCACUGUGCCCCUUGGAACGCGGUAAAUCUGUCAGACUUUCCAUCCGUCUUCUUACCCAUGCAUGAAGUGACUGGUCGAGACUAUGACAAGAUCUACCUUGAUGAAGGGAACUUCUAUGUAGACGCUGGUCUGGACCGUAAGUCCGGUGGAGCCGUCCUCGUGCGUCCAGAUCGCCACAUUGGCUGGGUUGGCACUCUGGAUGGUAUUGCUUUCCUUGAGCAGUAUCUUUCUACCGUCUUUCAAGUUGGAACGCAAAGUUUAGAAAAAUGA